CUUGAUGUCUACAAUUUCUGUUUUCUCAACAUUGAUACACUACUUUCUGUGUCUAGGUAUGGGUCUCAUACAGCUUUUUACAAGUACAGGACCAACACUGGCAGAUUAUUGCCUAUGUUUUACAUCUAUGACUCCUACCUGAUAUUGCCAGCUGCCUGGGCCAAUCUGCUCACAUCCUCAGGAUCUCUCAGUAUUCGCAACACACCAUAUGACGGAAUGUUCAUUGGUCUGUUAGUGGAGGAGAAGCACAAACAGGACAUCCUAGAGUCAGGAUUUGAUGGAUUAUACACCUACUUCGCAUCCAAUGGAUUCUCAUUCGGAUCAUCCCACCAAAACUGGAAGACUAUCAAGAACUUCUGUGACAGCAACAACCUGAUGUUCAUUCCAAGUGUGGGGCCUGGAUACAUAGAUACCAGGAUACGUCCGUGGAACAAUCAUAACACACGGAACCGGGUCAGUGGAAAGUACUAUGAAACUGCCCUCCAUGCUGCUCUCACAGUGAGACCCGAGAUCAUCUCCAUCACAUCUUUUAAUGAGUGGCAUGAAGGCACGCAGAUAGAGAAGGCAGUGCCAAAGAAGACUGCACAAUACACCUACCUGGACUACUUGCCACAUGAGCCAAACCUGUAUUUGGAGCUAACACAUAAAUGGGCUGAGCACUUUUGCAAAGAGAAAGAACAAUGGCUGAUGUAA